AUGCUUAUCAUCGAUGUCCUUCCCCUCCUCCUCGUCGCCCUGACUUUGGUAUAUGUGCUCUAUAGACGGUUCACAAGGGUGUCAAUCUCGGAUAUCCCAGGACCCGAGUCCAAUUCGUUCUUGUUUGGUAAUAUAACCGAGCUGCUCCAAGCGCAAGCCGGAGAGGUCGACUUCAAAUGGCAGAAAAUGUACGGCGACGUGGUCAGAGUGCGGGCUCCGCUUGGGGAAGAUCGUCUUUUGAUCUCCGAUCCCAAAGCGACACAGUAUGUAUAUCACACCGCUAGCUAUGCCUUCCCCAAGCCUCAGUCUCGACGGCAAAUAUCUGGGUUGAUGUUUGGACGGGGAGUGGGGAAUGUUGAUGGUGAAGAUCAUAUCCGGCAGCGCAAAGUCAUGAACCCUGCUUUUGGAUUCCCGGAAGCCAAAUCAUAUAUUCCUAUCUUUUCGUCUUGUGCGGAGAAGAUGGUUCAAAAGUGGAUCGACCUCAUUGCGGAUGAUAAUGGCCAGUCGACUGUCAUUGAGGUUACGAACUGGUUGUCUCGUGCGACGCUGGAUGCGAUUGGGGAAGCCGCUUUUGACUACCAAUUCGAUGCUCUCGAUGAACCCAAUAGCCCAUUGGUGAAGGCAUACAGCAAUGUCUUCUUCGAUGUGUUUGGUAUCCCAUCAAACUCCGGCGUUCUGUAUAUGACGAUCAUGGACUAUCUUCCCUCCAUCGUCGUUUCGUUCAUUCUUAACCAUUUCCCUGCUGGUCGGAUGGCGCAUGCAGCUAUGACGAAAGAUCUCUCCACCGAGCUUUCGAAGCAGCUCAUUGCCGAGAAGAGCAAGGAGGCGCUGUCGGGAGGGGGGAACCGGGAUCUUAUGAGCUUGCUCAUCAAAGCCCACAAUUCUUCAGAUCCAAAAGCUCAGCUCAAACUGGACGAGCUACUAGCUGAAGUCAAUGUUAUCAUCCUUGCCGGCCACGAAACCACGUCCAACACGAUCGCUUUCAUGCUGACCGAGCUUUGCAAGAAUCUAGAGAUACAGGACAAAUUACGCGCGGAGAUACGUUCGGCCGAGGCUCGGUUGCACGAGCGGGGCGAGACGAGAUUCGGUCUUGCGGAUUUCGAUUCUAUGCCAUAUAUGUUGGCUGUGCUGAAGGAGACAUUGCGUUUCCAUCCUGUGGCAUACAACAUCUUCAGGGUAGCCGGAGAGGACGACGUCCUCCCGUUGAGCUCACCGAUUACGACCGUGUCAGGGAAGGUCCUUCAUGAGUUACCCAUUCCCAAGGGCAUGCAGAUCAUGUCGUCGGUUGCUGCUUGUAAUAGAAACACGGAGAUGUAUGGAGAAGACGCACAUGUAUUUAACCCGGAUCGUUGGCUACGUGACCCUCCGAAGCAGAAGGUGGCAUUGGGGGUGUAUGCGGGGCUGUUCACGUUCUCUGGUGGACCUCGUUCCUGUAUCGGUUGGAGAUUUGCGUACGUCUCCUGUCUCCAAGCUGUGAUCGUGGCAAUCAUGAGCAAGUUUGAAUUUGCCUUUGUCGAGGGACAUGGGCCCGAGAGGAUCCGGAGGGAGUCGUGUUUUGCUAUGACCCCGACGUCGGAAGGCGAGGUUGAGAGGGGAUCGAGAUUGCCGUUGAGGGUCAAGUUGGCUUCGAGGAAUGAGUAG